AUGGGCGCGCUCGUCAAGGCGUGGCUCGGCCCGCGCUGGGGGAAACGGCCGGACCAGAUAUACCACGUCGCGGUGAUGCCGUGCUACGACAAGAAGCUCGAGGCGUCGCGCCCGGACUUUGUCGACGGCGCGCACGGCGCGCGGGACGUCGACUGCGUGAUCACGACGGGCGAGCUCGCGCUGCUCAUGCGCGAGCGUGCGUGGGACCUCGCCGCGCCCGUCCCCGGCGAGGACGCGGGCGGGGACGCGGCGGAGCUGCCCGCGCUGAUAACGCACCCAGGCACCAGCUCGGGAUCGUAUCUGCAAUCGCUGAUCUCGGUCCUCGCGCGCGCCGAUGCAUCUUCUGCUGCUGGUGACCCCGCGUCGACAGAGGGAGACGGAGCGAGUGCCGCCGCAGCGCCGCAGCUCGAGGUGCGCGUGCGCGCGGUGCGCGGCCCGGACUACGAGGAGCACACGCUCGUCGACGCGGGCGCGGGUGCGGGCGCGGUGCGGCUCCGCGGCGCCAAGUGCUACGGGUUCCGGAACCUGCAGAACGUCGUGCGCAAGGUCGGGCGGGACGCGGGCGUGCAGGUCGGGCGCGGCGCGGCGGGGAGGAUUGUGGGGAGGACGCGUGGGGCGCGCGUGCGCAAAGUCGGCGCCGCGGGGGAGGCGGAGCGGGGGUACGAGUAUGUGGAGGUCAUGGCGUGCCCGGGCGGGUGCGCGAAUGGCGGGGGGCAGCUGAAGCCGCCGGCGGGGACCGAGGAGGUUGCGUUGAAGACGGGAGAGCAGGGUAGGGUGUCGGUGGUGGCGGGCGCGGACGCGGUGCUGCCGGAGGGCGAGGCAAGGUGGGGAAACAGGGAGUGGACGAAGAAGGUUGAGGAGGCGUAUUGGCGGGGGUCGUCCUCUUCGUCGCCAGUGGAGAGGGGCGCAAAUGGAGACGUGGACGAGGCGUUGUUGCAGGCCGACAAGCUUGCUGCGCGAGUGCUGCAGGAAAUGUGUCGCCCGAGCAGCGGCGAUGUUGUGGACUGGGACACGGACAUGGACGAGGAAGCGGAAGCACGCAGACGACAGUUCUUCCGGACUCAGUAUAGGGCGGUGGAGAGCGAAGUGGUCGGGCUCGCGGUGAAGUGGUAG